AUGGACAAUUCUUUAGAUUUCAACUUUUCCUAUGUGGGCAAGCCUUCAUUUCGUGCUGAACCUUCAUACCGCAUCUCUCUAGAGCCUCCGGAGAUUUCACCAGAUUUAUACUACACAAAGAUUCCUAAUGACCUACCUGGGGCUCUACGCUGGAAACAGUUGAUAAUCUGGUGCGCAGAACACACAAAGCAGAAAGGAGAAAAACUCACAGGCAAACAAAAACAAGUAGCUGAAUGCCAGAAACGAAUCAUUGACCUACUUGUGCAUGAUAAUAUUGGUCUUGGUUGGUACCAGCGUGAUAUUCAAGGACCAAAAAAUGCAAAGAAACCUCCAAAUACGCGAAAUCUUAUCAAUAAAGAGCGUCUCAAGACCCUCCAACAAGAACUUGAAAGUUUGAAGCAAGAAAAAGAAGAGAGAAAACAAUGUAUGUUUGAGGUUUAUCAUGAACAUGCUAUUGCACAAGACACGGUGAUGAACCCACCGCCAUUUGAACUUGAUGAUCAUCUGGACUUAUUGGAUCCUGAUCAACAGGCUUUUAUGCACCAGUGUAUUGAUGAGGAGGACCUUCCAAGUCUACCAGUCAAGGAGGAUCUCUUGGCUGAGAUAAGUAUCCUACCUUAUGUGCUAAGUACGAUUGAUAAAGUACAAAAAGCAGAAGGCGAAUUUGGAGAUUUGGUUAUGAAAGAGGCGGCCAAGAAACUUGCAUGGCCAGAGUCAAUUGAUCCUUUCCUUCUCUUACGAGCUCUCUCCCACCACACUGUACAUCAAGAGGACAGUUGA